AUGUCUCUCCUCGCAGCCCUCAACUGCACGGGCAAUGUCCACCUGAUCAUCGGCACGAACCCCCUGGCCGCCUCACGAUGUGGCCAGUCGGUGGCUGCCGGUGCCAAGGCUCUCCUCAUCGCUCCUGACACGGAAGACCUUCACUACGGCCUUGCCAAGCGCAUUGAUGCUGGCGAGGUGACCUGGCACAAGAAGGCCUUUGAGGACAAUGAUCUCUUCUCCCUCGGCCGUGACGACGUCGACCAUGUCGUCGAUGCCGUCUUCAUCACCUCGGGCCCACGAGACCCGCAAGGUGAGUCCUCUCGCCCAUGGUUCAUCGCACGACGACAUGAACACUGA